GAACGUGAGUUGCUAGAUUUACGCGCUAAAUUGGAUACUUUGCAACGCGAGUUACAAAAGGAUCGCGAUAGUCGGGCGCGAUCACGACUGUCGGAGGAUAGACGGCGCUCAUCUCGUAGAUCUCGCAGUCGUCAAAUUAACACCAAGUGCACUGAUACCGCGAGGUCUGGUACCAGUCGUGAUGGCGAGCAACAGCAACGAAGGUCAAGGAGCCACAACUUCUCUACCGAUGAUGUAGCACAAAUAGUUAAUUCUAUUAGAAGUAAUUUAUCAUCUCAACCGCAUACAUUAAACAAAGGCAUAGACCAUAAAAACAUUCUCCCAAAUUUUGAUCCCUCUUCUAAAAAUCAACGUAUUAUAGUAUGGCUGAAAAAGGUCAAUGAAUGUGCGGCUGUAUACGGAUGGGAUGAUAAAACUACGAUACAUUUUGCUAUGCAAAAGCUCCAAGGUUUGGCCAAAGUGUGGUACGAGAGUUUAGAUACCAUAUUGUACUCAUGGCCUGAAUGGCAAGAGAAAUUGGUCAAGGCAUUUCCGUGUGAGGAAAACUAUGGCCAAAUCUUGGAGGAAAUGCUGAAGCGGAAGAGCAAAUUUAACGAACCAAUAGAGGUUUACUAUUAUGAAAAAUUGGCUCUCCUGCAUCAGUGCGGCCUUAGCGGCAAGAAGGCUGUAGAUUGUAUAAUUCACGGUAUAACCGACAGAACCACAAAAUCGAGCGCUGUGGCCGUGCGAUGUUCUGAUCCAGAACAACUAUUGCAAUUUUUGAUCAGUAAUAAAGAAUUAAGUAACCCAGAUCGAGGACAAAUGAGAAACAAAAGUUGGUCUGAUAAUUCUAAUGCUAAUAGUCAAGGUGCUAAAAAUAAGGCACAGCCACAGGGCCCAUUUUGUUUUAACUGUAAGGAGAAAGGUCAUCAUUUCCUACAAUGCCCGAAACCACUACUCAAAUGCCAUCAUUGUAACAAGGUCGGUCAUAAACCUGAGGACUGUUUUAGUAGAAAGUCUGAUAAUAAGUCUACUAAAACCCCCGAGGUCCGGUCAUUGUGUGCAUCAGAGAAAGGUAACGCUAAAUAUUAUAAGAAUGCUCAUAUAAACGGUAAAUCGAUGGAAGUGUUUAUUGACUUUGGCAGCGAACUUACCCUUGCAAAACAGUCUUUUGUCUCUUCUUUGGGUAUUGUAUAUGAUCAGGUAGAGUCUAUAAUGAAAGGGUUUGGAAACGGAUUGGUGAAAUCCAUUGGUGAAAUACGGCUCGAUAUCGACAUAGAUGGUGUUAAAGCCAACGUCCCCUGUAAAGUAGUGGAAGAUAAUCUCCUUGACAGAUCUAUUCUAGUUGGGCAGUCGUACACCGAGUUGCCUCAAAUCAUAGUUAUCAAAGAUUGUAAGAACUUACGGUUCAUAGACAUUGGAAAUGAAAUGCCACAGCCAGAGCCAAAUCUUUCCUCAAUAGUCAAAAUUUCGAUUGCCAAUGAUAUCGAACUGUACGGUCCCGCGUCAAUCAAAGCUGUCACGGAAGACAAAUUUAGUGGGAGCAUCAUGGUUAGGGAAAGUAUAGUAGGCAAACCCGGUCAGCAAUUCUUUUUAACUGGGGGCCUUUAUACGGUAAAUAAGGGUUUUGUUCAUGUAGUCGUGACCCCAUGUUGCUGCCCCUGUUUGAUGAUGGACAAUUUCACUGUAUGUCGUGUCGAAAGGGUAGCUUUGGUGAACCGAAUUACUGCGCAGUCCCCUACAAUACUUGAGUGUGUAGAAUCCAAUCAUAUAACAGAGUCUCAACUUCGGAUAGGUGAGAAAGUUGCUGAAGAGCACAGACAUAGGCUUUUACAGUUACUAAACAAAUAUAAACAUUGCUUCGCGUCUAGUUUAGGAGAGUUAGGAUGCACAAAUGUUACUCAAAUGACUAUUGAGUUAAAUGACCAACACCCUAUAGCGUCUCGACCUUAUAGGCUGUCCCACCAUGAAAGAGAGCAAGUUCGUAACAUGAUUGAUGAAAUGCUGGCAGCUGGCAUAAGGGGCUAAUCUGUAUCGGAGUAUGCCAGUCCCAUCAUUCUUGUACGGAAACCCGAUGGUAGUCUACGAAUGUGCAUUGAUUACCGAAAGUUAAACUCGUCCACAAUAAAGGAAAGAUAUCCAAUGCCAAUCAUUGACGACGAAAUUGCUCGCUUAUCUGGUCAGGCUUACUUUAUAACAUUAGACCUUGCCUCGGGAUAUUAUCAGGUACCUAUAGCAGAACAAAGCAAACAUUUAACUUCGUUCGUUACACCCGACGGUCAGUUUGAAUUUAAUAGAAUGCCAUUCGGACUGGCCAACGCACCGGCUGUCUUUCAGCGGAUGAUGAACCGCAUUCUAGGCUCCGCUCGUUAUACCAAGGCAACGGUGUAUAUCGAUGAUUUGUUAAUAUUUGGUAGGAAUCCAGACGAAUGCCUAGAUAGACUAGAAGAGGUCCUACAAAUGUUAGAUGAAGCCGCAUUGACCCUAAAUCUCUCUAAAUGCAGCUUUCUUCGCGAAAAGAUUGAUUACUUAGGAUAUGAAAUUAGUGCCGAGGGAGUCAAACCGGGAGAAAAGAAGAUCCAGUCUGUGCAAAAUUUUCCGCGUCCAAGCGAUGUUCACAAGGUUAGGCAGUUUCUAGGUCUAGUUGGAUUUUUCCGAAAAUUUAUUGGAGGUUUUGCCCAAAUUGCGUAUCCCCUUACAAAACUAUUAAAGAAAGAUGCUGUUUGGGAAUGGACGAGUGCACAGGAAGAGGCUUUUGACACCCUAAAGGCUAGGUUGAUUAGUAGGCCCAUCUUAGCUAUUUAUGACCACACAGCUGAGCUAGAACUACACACAGACGCCAGCAAGCACGGUAUAGGAGGUAUUUUGUUACAGAAGACUCCUGGCACUAAUGAUUUAAAGCCGAUCGCCUAUUACAGCCGCCAAACCUCGCCCGAGGAAAAAAGUUUCCAUUCAUAUGAAUUGGAAACUUUAGCCGUUGUCUGUUCCUUAAAGAAGUUUCGUGUAUAUUUGCUCGGAAAGGACUUCAAAAUCAUGACUGACUGCAGCGCGUUGCGUUCCACAUUCUCAAAGCGAGACUUAAUACCACGCAUUGCUCGUUGGUGGCUCAUGUUACAAGAGUACAAUUGUUCCAUAGAAUACAGGGCUGGAACAAAAAUGUCACAUGUUGAUGCGCUCUCCCGUAACCCAGCAGCUGAUCCUGUCUCUAAUUUUGAGCCCUUCCCGGCUGUUAUGAAUAUAACCAAUGAGGAUUGGUUACUCACGCUUCAAUUAGGGGAUUCAGAAAUCACCAGGAUCCGUAAUGUUCUCAUGAGUGAAGUUGACCCUACAGAUCUGCAACAUAUUAGGGACAAUUAUGUCGUCAAAGACAACAAGUUGUUCAGGUGUCUUAAAGGUGACAGAAAUGACCUUCGAUGGGUGGUUCCCAAGGGCGCAAGGUGGCAGGUUUGCAAAAUGAACCACGAUGAUAUUGGCCACUUUGGUAUUGAGAAAACGCUGGAAAAAAUAAAGAAACAGUAUUGGUUUCCGAAAAUGUCGCGAUUCAUACAAAAGUAUGUUACUGCUUGCAUUGAGUGUGCAUACGCAAAGCAAACCAAAAAUAAUCAGGAAGGAUUGUUACAUCCCAUUACAAAAAUAGAAAUUCCAUUUCACACGUUGCAUGCCGACCACCUUGGGCCCUUUGUCAAAUCAAAGAGGGGAAACUGUUACCUGUUAGUAGUUGUCGAUGCCUUUACGAAAUUUACAUUUGUACGACCAGUGAGAAAUACCAAGACCUUGAACGUCAUUAGGGUUUUGAACGAUAUAUUUUAUACUUUUAAAGUCCCUGUUCGCUUAGUGACAGAUCGGGGUAGUUGCUUCACUUCCCAUUCAUCCAACGGUAUUGCGCUGAAAAGGGAUUUAAACAUAUACUGAAUGCGGUAGCUAGUCCACAGUCAAAUGGACAAGUGGAGCGCUACAAUCGCACCAUCUUAAAUUCCUUAACAGCGCUAAACUUAAACCAACAUGAGAAGGACUGGGAUAAUGAAGUAGGAAAGACCCAAUGGGGCAUGAACAAUACAAUAAAUAAAACAACAGGCAGGAUGCCCUCAGAAGUAUUAUUUGGUACAUUUAUGAGCGGUGAUAUUAACCCCGCACUCGACGAGAUCUCCCAGUCAACACGCGAUACUAAUAAUUUAGAUUCGAUUAGAAAAGAGGUUAAGGCCAGGAUUGAUAGGGAGCAAAUAAAACAAAAAGCUUACUACGAUAAAGGUAGACGACCUGCUCGUUGUUACAAUGAGGGUGACCUUGUUAAAAUAACGAAAACUUCCUUUAACAACGACGGUAAAAGUAAGAAAUUAUUGCCUGCGUAUAUAGGGCCGUUUCGGGUAUCAAACGUGCUAGGAAAUGACCGCUAUAAAAUAACUUCAGUACCUGGGUUCAGCAACAUGAAAAAGGGCUAUAAUUCCACUGUAGCCGCUGAGCGUAUGAAGCCCUGGGUUCAUGUUGCUGCCCUUGAAAUCCAUGACGAUACUGAUACAGAAGAGGAUACAGAUACUCAUUGAUGAAUUGUUGAGUUGAUAUAAUGUUGUACUAUAAGAGACUAUUUUG